UAUCUACUGGCGAAAAAGUAUGUUCACGGGAUACAUAGCACGUGGUACGAACUCAGAUAUUAUUUAAAGACAAACCCGGGUCCAAUAGGCAAGUAACUCGCCCAACUGGAUUCUUGAAAGACUGAUAGGUUACCUUAGAGUAUAUUUUCUGCAAAGAUCCUAGGAUAUUAUCUGCGGUAAUGUUCGGGCGGGGCCGUCUCUUUAACGGAAUCAUCUUAGAGUUAGCGCGACCAUAUCGUUUUGAUAGUUCCAACAAAGAGCUUCUUGCUGCCUUCCGUACCUCCAUAUCAGCACUCUUGGAAGAAGCAAACGCCUUCGCCCCUGCACAUUCUAGAAUUUAUGAAGAGAUGAUCUUGGUUGCGAAUUCUACUAAGACGUUCGACUAUACGCUCAAGGGAACCCCCCGCCGACAUUCGAUUCUUGCCGCUCACCAGGCUGAGAUCGAUACUGCAUACGUUGAAUUUGAAUCGGCUUCGGCAUAUACUAUCGCGGGCCCGUCUGAGUGGGACCUAGGUAGUGUCGUCAAUUGGACCCAAGACCUCCUGCAAUGCGUUCUUCGCUGUCCGGUCCCAUGCGAUACCGAUGUUUUCUGGCUAGGUUGUGAUAGUCUCAAGGCUCUGCGGAUCAGAAGCAUACUUGCUUCCGUACUCCAAAAUGUCCAUAGCACGGACCAUGUCGUCCAAUUACCACAGGACUUCGUAUAUCGUCACCCUACCGCACAAGCCAUGGCAAAUGUUCUUGUUUCAAGAACAACUGACUACCCUUCCGUAUCUCUAAGUAUCAAAACGGCUGAAAUGACCGACUUGGUUCGACAAAUGACCGAGGGGCAAGGGGCAGGUGUGCCGUUCAAGCUACCUGCUCGAAGCAGCGAGGUUGUCUUGCUUACGGGGACAACUGGAUCACUUGGCUCGCACAUUCUUUACUACCUCCACCAAUGCAAAGAUGUCAGACGUAUCUACGCCUUGAAUCGUGGCGAUCCGGAUGAUCUGGACAGCUUGCGUUGCAGACAGGAGAAUGCGCUAAAGAUUCGGGGGAUAACUCCUGAGAUACUUCGAGAUGGAAAGGUGGUUCUAAUUCCCUCAGACCUUGCGUCAGAUAAUUUUGGCCUGGAGCCGAGCCUCUUUCAGGAGCUCCAGAACUCCGUUGAUCUUAUCAUUCACACUGCGUGGCCAGUGAACUUCAACUACACCCUUGCGUCGUAUGUGCGUUCUCUUGAAGGACUACAAAAUAUGGUUAACUUCGCUCGAUACACUACCUCUGAGUGGAGCCCCCGUUUCAUAUUCACGUCUAGCGUGAGCGUCUUAAAAAAUUGGUCAGGAGGCUCACCUGUCCCCGAGAUUGCCCUGCCCAAUCCCGAGGUAGCCGUUGGUCUGGGUUACGCGGAGUCUAAAUGGACAGCAGAACAAAUUCUGGCGGAAGCCGCUGAUCAGGGACUCUCGGUCUCCAUAUUCCGAAUAGGCCAGCUAUCCGGUAGCCCGAAUGGAUAUUGGAACCGCAACGAGUGGUUCCCAAGUAUUGUUCAAGCUGCAAAUGUCCUCGGGUGUUUACCAGGAAUAGAUGCACCACUGUUCCACUGGCUUCCGGUUGACUCAACUGCCGCUGUGAUUGUUGAGAUGAGGUCCAACCUUCAUCGUUACGUUCACCUUGCCAAUCCACGGCCAGUUCCUUCCAACUUGGUUCUCCAGGAAGUGGCAGCUUUACUUCAAAUUCCCAUCGUCGACCUCGAGGAUUGGUUCAGCCGUCUGAACACUGUCUUGAAGGAUACACCUACGGAUGCGCGAGGCCGCCUAGAUCGCGUUUCGUCCCUUCUCAACGGCAUCAUGGAAGAUAUUGCAGGUCGGCCUAUCGAAAUGGAUCUCAAAAACGGACUGCAAUGUUCUGAAACGCUUCGGGAUUCCCCUCAGAUUAGUAGACAGGACGUCUCGUGGUGGCUUAGAUCUUGGGGAGCUUAUAGGGGGUGAUCACGAGAUAUAUAUAGUGCAAUAUUCGGGCCCGCGUACAGACGAAGACUGUUUUAAGGGGAAGUAGACAAUAUGUGGAGAUCAUAUAACCAUUCACGACAGUGCAGUCCUGAAGAUAUGAAGCACGCAACGAAAUCCUCUUGUUUCCAAGUAGUUUCUUGUCGGUAAAUGUUCAACCAAAUCCAUCACACGUUCCAGAAUCUACAGACGUGCUGGUAAAGUAUCCACCUGACGACAUCCAGGGAUGCGCCGGCUUGCGAUACAUUUCGCCCUUAAUACAUGCGGCCACCUUGAUAGAGACCAAACAGGUGACCAACAACAGCUUCGAGCCUAAGCAGUGAAAUAGAAUGAUUGUCGAAAUGUUGACACCCGAUCCUUUGUUCCCCGUCGACCGCCAUCUGGCCAUCAACGCGGCAUGAUUAGCAUGAUCAUCGGGCCUGUGCAAUUGUGGU